AGGGCGGGGGGAGAUUGGUUCAGUGAGGGAGCUGCCACCGAGUCAGUCGGUCUCCAUUUUCCCAGGUGACGAAGUGCCAUCUUAGGUGGCCAGCAGCGAUGGUUCCUGGAAGGAGGGGACCACUCCCGUCCCUUCUCCUCCUGCUGCUCGUGGGCUCCUGGGGCCGCGUGACUUGCCACCCGAGCCCCGUGGAGGACGUUUGCCUGGCCAAGCCCCGGGAUGUCCCAGGGAGCCCCAUGUGUAUCUACCGCUCCCCGGCCGGGAAGCCAGCCGAACCGGAGGGCCCUACCUCCCAGACGCGGCUGCCGAAGAAGAUCCCCGAGGCCACCAACCCUCGCGUCUGGGAGCUGUCCGAGGCCAACUCUCGCUUCGCCACGUCCUUCUACAAGCACCAGGCGGACUCCAGGUCCAACGGGGAGAACAUCUUCAUGUCUCCCCUCAGCAUCUCCACCGCCUUCGCCAUGACGAAACUGGGUGCCUGCAACAAUACCCUCAAGGAACUCAUGGAGGUCUUCAAGUUUGACACGAUCUCGGAAAAGACGUCGGAUCAGGUCCAUUUCUUCUUCGCCAAGCUGAAUUGCCGGCUCUACCGGAAAGUCAACAAGUCCUCCGAGCUGGUGUCUGCCAAUCGCCUCUUCGGAGAAAAGUCCCUCACUUUCAACGAGACCUACCAGGACAUCAGUGAGAUGUUGUAUGGAGCUAAGCUGCAGCCCUUGAACUUCAAGGAUCAGCCGGAGCUGUCCAGGGAGAUCAUCAAUGACUGGGUCUCAAACAAGACAGAGGGCCGAAUCAACAACGUCAUUCCCCAGGGAGUCAUCAGUGACCUCACAGUCCUGGUGCUGGUCAACGCUAUUUAUUUUAAGGGUCACUGGGACUCCAAGUUCAGCCCCGAGAACACCAAGAAGGAGCCGUUUUUCCUGUCGGAGGAGAAGUCCUGCCCGGUCCCCAUGAUGUACCAGGAGGCCAAGUUCCGCUACCUGAAGGCCGGCCAGGUGGAAGUGCUGGAGCUGCCCUACAAGGGGGAUGACAUUACCAUGGUGUUGAUUCUGCCCCGGGAGAGCUCGGCCCUGGCUGCCGUGGAGCGGGACCUGUCGCCGGAGACCCUGAACGACUGGCUGAGCGACACCAAAGAGACCCUGCUCUCCGUACACGUGCCCCGCUUCCGCGUCGAGGACAGCUUCAGCGUCAAGGAGAAGCUGAAACAGAUGGGGCUGAUGGACCUCUUCGACCCCGACAAGGCCAGGCUGCCAGGGAUCGUGGCUGGAGGCCGCUCGGACCUCUCCGUCUCUGAAGCCUUCCACAAAGCUUUCCUCGAGGUCAACGAAGAAGGCAGCGAGGCAGCGGCAUCUACGGCUGUGGUGAUCUCCGGCCGUUCGCUGAACCCCUACAGGGUGACCUUCAAAGCGAACAGGCCGUUCCUGGUCCUGAUCCGGGAAGCCGCCCUUAACACCAUCAUCUUCAUGGGCAGAAUAUCCAAUCCCUGCUAGCGGGGCUGCUUCCGCCUCCGCUCGGCCUGGUUUGGGGAUAGAAACUAAUAAAAAAAACCUACUGCCGUCA